GGGAGAGCAGGGGGGGGUCCUGGUCCCCCUAAAGUUCUUACACAAUCCUCUGCAGCUGCAUAUAAGCCGAUCCCACCCCAAACCCACGAUUGCUUUGAGCUGCACUCUUCUUGUAGGAGCAAGGAUGCUGAGGUGUGUUGUGGCGCUGUGUCUUCUGGCGCUAUCCUGGGCACAGGACUGCCAGGUAGCCAACAUCCAGGUCAAGCAGGACUUCGACAAAACCAGGUAUGCAGGAGUCUGGUAUGCCGUAGGAAAGAAGGACCCCGAGGGUUUGUUCCUCCUGGACAACGUUGUGGCCCAGUUUACCAUCGAAGACGAUGGCAGAAUGACGGCCUCCGCUAAGGGCAGAGUCAUCAUCCUCAACAAUUGGGAAAUGUGCGCCCACAUGUUUGCCACGUUCGAGGACACUACCGACCCCGCCAAGUUCAGGAUGAAGUACUGGGGAGCCGCAUCCUACCUGCAGACCGGAAAUGACGAACACUGGGUCAUCGACACCGACUACGACAACUACGCCAUCCACUACUCCUGCAGAAUGCUGGACUCGGACGGCACUUGCCUGGACAGCUACUCCUUCGUGUUUUCCCGCCACCCCACGGGCCUGAGGGCAGAGGACCAGGCCAUCAUCACGCAGAAGAAGGUGGAGCUCUGUCUGCUGGGCAAAUACAGACGUGUCACACACAACGGCUUCUGCGAGAGCAGUGGAUCUGAGCCGCAGUGAUCGCCCCCCCCAGAACUGUUCCCUCUGCUGGUCCCGGGACUCAGUCCCACCUUCGUCUCCCGUCUGCUGCCUCUGUUUACUCAAGAGAGGCCGGAGACCGCUCUCGUUCUUGUAAAAAAUGUGAAACUGAACCGUCGACUUUGAAACUAGUUGACUCCCUCCUUCCCCAGAUCCCCCCCCGUUCGGUCUCAAUAGCUGUGUAGGAUUUGUUUUGUUCUUUGUUGAUAGAAAUGGAGCAGCCCUCCUUACGGGGCGCCGGCCUCCCCACAGACCUCGCUGGUUGCAGUCACAAAACCAGGCACAUCACUGAAAUAAUUCCUUCAAUAAUCAAAUGUGGAACGAUUCUUUGAAUAAUCCUGUUUGGAAAUUUCUCUUUAGACAACCAAAACUUUCAGCAGCUGUUUUUUUUUCUAAUAAUUAAUAUGUUAGAAAAAUAAAAAAUUAAAGAUU